CGUAUCUGUGCCUUAAUUUCUCUGUCAGUGUUUGGUUGCACUGAUAGUGAACCGUUGCAGCUAAUUCCACAUUUUUCAGAACCAUGGACAGCAUCCACUUUGAUUUAGUUGCAGUGUGUGUUAAAGCGGACUGAUAUCUCCCUUAGAGGUUAGACUACUUUUACCUUGUUUUUAUACAGACUGAUUUAAUAGUACACGAUUUUGAAUGAGUCUUGGUGAAGGUAUUUGAUUGAAUAUCAAACUUGCUGUUUUGCAAUUUGGAUACGAUAUUUUUAUUUUGCUUUAGUGCAGAUUGAGCAUAUAGUACAAGUAUUUACUGAAUGCUUAUUCACAUGGUUUCAUAAUGAACAUUAAUGUGUUUUUGGCAAAAUAUCAGUGACACUUUAAAUUUCUUACGUUAAAAAUGGUACUUGUAAUAUUUGUAUCUGUAUGAAAGGACUUGUGAUGGUCAGUAGUUAGUAGUGCCGUUUUUAGACUUUAAUCAUUUCAGGACCUUGGACAGCGACAUCUCAGCUUCCCCUCCAUUUCCACCCAAAGUUAUUACUUUAAUUUUUUAGUACUUCUUUCUUAAUCUCUAUAAUAUAUUCUAUAUACGUGUUUUUUUAUACUUUUAUUCAGAUAUGGUUCAUGUUUCUCUGGACACUUUUUUAUGGCUGAAGUUUCAAACAAAAGUGAGAGAUUAUAACCAUAAAUACUUCUGAAGUGGCGACUCAUCGUUUGCAAUGUUGCUUAUUUGGCUAUUAUUACGCUAUUAUUACCUUAUUUCAAGUUGCACUUCCCUAACAGUGACGUUUGCUGGACAGAUUAGUUCAUGUUGGUUUUCUGCAGUUUUGUAUUUUGAACUCUUAGGGCCGCUGUUGACCAGAGUGUGCAGUGUGCACGGCUGAGAGUAGGGCUGUAGCAGCACCUCCCAUGUUACACCACCAUAAAGAAGAGAGAACACGACGGAUAACAACGCACUUCUGGAGUAUGUUGAAUAUCUGAUAACAGACACAACGACCUCCGAGACUUUUCUUUUCUCUGUGUGGAUUAUACAGCUGAGAUCUUGAUAUUUGACAUUGGAGUGGAUUGCUGUUUAUGGGAUCUAUAACCGGACUGUCGAACCUCGCUGAGAAAACACCCGGAUAGAACAAUGAAAGGACAAGCGCUGUUUUUCAUCUCUCUCCUCUCGCUCGGCUCGGUUAUUGGGCAGGUCAGCUACACAAUACCGGAGGAAAUGUCGAAAGGCUCUUUAGUCGGAAAUAUAGCCCAAGAUUUAGGAUUAGAAACCAAACGUUUGACUUCUGGUAAAGCUCGAAUUUAUACCCGAGACAGCGACGGGUACAUCGAGCUGAACAGAGAAAGAGGAGUCCUCCUCGUCAAAGAGAGAAUCGACAGAGAGGCGCUCUGCAGACAGACGACGCCUUGUGCUUUACAUUUUCAGAUUAUUUUGGAGAAUCCGAUGGAGUUUUACAGUGUUACUGUUCAGAUCACAGACAUCAAUGAUAAUGCACCAACAUUUGAAGAAGGGGAAAUAAAAUUCAAAAUUAGUGAGUCAGCAGUGAUCGGGGCUAAAUUUGUGCUGGAGAGGGCUGUGGAUCUUGAUGUUGGAAUUAAUGAUCUAAAAAAUUACGCAUUAAAGCCAACCGAUAAUUUUGCACUGAAAGUGCACAGUAACGCAGAUGGGAAUAAAAACGUUGAGAUGGUGCUACAGAAGCCUUUAGACAGAGAGAAACAGGAGCAGAUAUCUCUGGUGUUAACGGCUGUAGAUGGAGGAGAGCCGCAGAUGUCAGGAACAAUGCUGAUUGUUAUUACAGUUUUAGACGUCAAUGAUAAUGCCCCCGUUUUUACACAGCCAACAUACAAAGCUACAGUUACUGAGAACUCACCUAAAGGAACAGUUGUUGCCACUGUUUCAGCUUCAGAUGCAGAUCAAGGUUCAAACGGUAAAAUAACAUAUUCAAUGACAAAUACUUUAGAUGAUGUUCGAAAAGUGUUUAAGAUAAAUAAGGAAAAUGGUGAAGUUACUUUAAUUGGAAAUAUUGAUUUUGAAGAGUCGCGAAAUUACCAAAUAAAUGUACGUGCUAGUGAUGAUGGAGGACUAACAGAUUCUUGUAAGCUAAUUGUUGAUGUGCAAGAUGUAAAUGACAACAAACCUGAAAUUAACAUAAUGUCGAAGUCAACUGUGAUAUCAGAGGAUGCCAAACUCAAUACAGUCGUUACGAUGAUAAAUAUUGAGGACAAGGACACUGGAGAAAACGGAGAAGUGCAAUGUUUUAUUAGCGAAAAUGUACCUUUCAUUUUGAAGACCUCAUCAAAUAAUUUCUAUAGUUUAGUGACAGACAGUGAUUUAGACAGAGAGAGAUCCUCUGAGUAUAAUAUAACAGUGACGUGCUCUGAUGAGGGAGUGCCCUCCCUCUCCAGCAGCGUCACUCUCACCUUACAGAUCUCUGAUGUGAAUGAUAACGCACCUGUCUUUGAGAGGAGCUCAUAUGAGGCCUACAUUGUAGAAAACAACACACCAGGCCUCUCUAUAUUCACAGUGAAAGCCAGAGACGCUGACUGGAACCAGAAUGCCCGUGUUUCUUACAUACUGGAGGACUCCUCUGUUAACGGAGUGCCAGUCUCCUCAUAUGUGUCCGUUAGUGCUGAUAGUGGAGUCAUCCAUGCAGUGCGCUCUUUUGACUACGAGCAGAUCAAAGACUUCCACUUCCGCGUCAAAGCGCAAGAUGGAGGUUCCCCUCCACUCAGUAGCAACGUGACUGUGAAAGUACUGAUCCAGGACCAGAACGACAACCCUCCUCAGGUUCUGUACCCAGUCCAGACUGGUGGCUCUCUGGUGGCUGAAAUGGUGCCUCGUUCAGUAGAUGUGGGCUAUCUGGUCACUAAAGUGGUGGCUGUUGAUGUGGACUCUGGACAGAAUGCCUGGCUCUCCUAUAAACUGCAGAAAGCCACGGACAGGGCGCUGUUUGAAGUGGGCUUACAGAAUGGAGAAAUAAGAACUAUCCGCCAAGUCACUGAUAAAGAUGCUGUGAAACAAAGACUGACUGUUAUAGUGGAGGACAACGGGCAGCCCUCUCGUUCAGCUACAGUCAUUGUUAACGUGGCGGUGGCGGACAGCUUCCCUGAAGUGCUGUCUGAGUUCACUGACUUUACACACGACAAGGAGUACAAUGACAACCUGACUUUUUACUUAGUGUUGGCUCUGGCUGUAGUCUCCUUCCUCUUCAUCACGUGUUUAGUGGUUAUUAUAUCAGUGAAGAUCUACAGGUGGAGACAGUCUCGCGUCCUGUAUCACUCCAGUCUCCCUGUGAUUCCAUAUUAUCCACCACGUUACUCAGACACUUUGGGGACAGGGACUCUCCAACACGUGUACAACUACGAGGUGUGCAGGACGACUGACUCCAGAAAGAGUGACUGUAAGUUCGGAGGAGCCGGUAGUCAGAACGUGCUGAUAAUGGACCCCAGUUCUACAGGGACGAUGCAGCGGAUACAGAGUGAGAAGAGCAUCCUGGACGAACCAGACUCUCCUCUAGAGGUUGGACUGCUUUAAUAUUGUUUCUACACACCGUAAUCAAUGGCCAUCUCGAAAUUUAAAGCUCGUAGUUUUUUGUUUGAAAUAAUGGAGCAUUGCUAAGUUUGGGGAUCAUCUUAUCUUAAACUCUGUGUCCUUACUCUGUAGGAAUAUCAUAUUAUUUUUAGUCUUUAUUCAGUGCUUUCUUCUCUUUUUAGAUCUCCUUACUGAAGUUCUUACUGAAGUUCACUUUUUUGAUAUUGAUCGAGUAUUAAUAUCGAUGUUGGUUUCUUGUGACUUCAGAGGCAGAUACACAGCUGUCUUGUUUUUACAUUCUGACUUUGCAUAAUCUAUGAAAGCUUGUUUCAG